AGUCCGGCCGGCCCCGCCGAAGAGGCCGCUCCCGUGGCCAGUCCGCUCGCCGGCUUGGUGGUCGACCCCAGCCCCAUGGCGCAGGGUGGAGCCGCGGCGCGGGCCGAGGAGACGACGCUGAUGAUGGAGGGGGCGGCCGGCGGGUUGGGAGCUCGGGAAGCCGGCGAAGGCGGCGGGUCCCGCUCGGCGGGCGCCGGGGAGAUGCGGGCCGUGCUGCUGGCCGGCUUCGGCGGGCUCAGCAAGCUGCGAGUGGCCCGGAGGGUCAUGCCCGAACCGCAGGACGGGGAACUGAAGAUCCGCAUCAAAGCCUGUGGUUUAAACUUCAUUGAUCUGAUGGUACGCCAAGGGAAUAUCGACAGCCCACCGAAGACACCCCUGGUGCCUGGAUUUGAAUGCUCUGGGAUUGUUGAGGCUCUUGGCGUCGGUGUCAAAGGAUUUGAGAUCGGAGAGAGAGUCAUGGCUUUUGUAAACUACAAUGCAUGGGCUGAGGUCGUUUGCACACCAGCAGACUUUGUCUACAAGAUUCCCGAUGACAUGAGUUUUUCAGAAGCUGCUGCUUUUCCCAUGAAUUUUGUAACUGCCUACAUGAUGCUGUUCGAGGUUGCCAACCUGAGAAGUGGGAUGUCCGUGCUGGUUCACUCUGCAGGCGGGGGUGUGGGUCAAGCUGUUGCACAGCUCUGCUCAACAGUCCCCAAUGUCACUGUCUUUGGGACUGCAUCUUCUUUCAAGCAUGAAGCAAUCAAAGAUUCAGUGACCCACCUUUUUGACAGGAAUGUAGACUAUGUGCAAGAAGUAAAAAGAAUCUCUGUCGAGGGUGUAGACAUUGUUUUGGAUUGUCUUUGUGGAGAAAAUACCGGAAAAGGCCUCAGUCUUCUCAAACCCCUUGGGACAUACAUUUUGUAUGGCUCAUCAAACAUGGUUACUGGGGAAACCAAAAGCUUCUUUAGCUUUGCAAAAUCAUGGUGGCAGGUUGAGAAGGUGAACCCCAUCAAACUCUACGAGGAGAAUAAAGUUAUCGCUGGAUUUUCGCUCCUAAAUCUGCUUUUCAAACAGGGCCGAAGUGGCCUCGUUAAAGAUGCCAUGGAUAAACUCAUAACGCUGUACAAUGAGAAGAAGAUCAAGCCCAUGGUUGACUCACUGUGGGCCCUGGAAGAGGUGAAGGAGGCCAUGCAGAGAAUCCAUGACAGAGGGAACAUAGGAAAAUUAAUCCUGGAUGUAGAAAAAGCUCCAACUCCUCUGAUGGCCAAUGACAGCACCGAGACUAGCGAAGCCGGAGAAGAGGAGGAGGAUCACGAGGGGGAUGGAGAAAACAAGGAGCGCAUGCCAUUUAUCCAGUGAUGACUCCAUGCCGCAAAGGUGAACCUGCAGGCGCAUUUGGAAGAAGGGAAUCAGGCUGGGAAAUCUAUUCUGUGCACCAGUGAACAAAUGCUGUAGUACAGUGUGUGUUGUAUUUGUCUGCCGUCAGCCGAGCUAUAAGCCGUUGAUCAUCGUUGUUUUGGAACUUCAGUGCCAUCUCCAUUCAGUGCAGCACUAUGGUGUCCCUUUCGUAUGAUGUUUCCCCUAGCCCCCAUCCCCUUCAUUUUUGUUCCCUCUCCCAAAGGGUCUGAUGCCACCCCAGCCUUUGAAGUCUUUUCAGCAUCUCUGUCAUGAGAAGGCAGGGGUUCAGCUGGAAACACUUUUGCAGGUCAGGGGAAUUGCCAUACCUGAAGAAUUUUCUGAACCACUCAUCACUCCAGGUAGCUUUAGACAGAUCUCUCUUCCCACUGAAUCUGUUAUUUCACCAUAUCGAGCAGUACCCUUCCGCUAGCACUUCCAGGCAUCGAAGGCAUGGUUUUCAACUGGUGAGUCUGGCGAUAGAGAAGGCUAGAAAAAAUAUCUGGUUGGGUACCAUGGGCUGGGAUGACAUCAGAUAUAACCCUCCUCUCUGGCCACUGUAUUUCAUCUCGUACUUCAAAGAUGCCUCAUUUUUAAUACAAGAGUAGGUGUUAGAGUGCUUCAAAGAGAGUGGCAAAAGUCUUAACUGAGAGAGUGUGAUUAUUUCCGUAUUUCCACAUUAACCUGACAAAUGAAGUGGUAUUUCAUUAAUGGCUUGACCUGCCAUGUUUAAUGCUCGUUCCCUCGCUGUCAACCAUGCAUUUUUCCUUGUUCCUUCAUUAACCCAAAUAGUGUAGUAUUUGGAUGGGAUAAUAACACCUUCCUCACCAACCCUAAUGCCAAACACUCUUACGGCUACAUGAAUCCCAGUGAACAGCGCAGAGUGAACAGCAUGGAGCUUCUGGACAGCCCUAUCUGAGCUGCUGUAUUCCACCUAAAUCAGCAACAGACUGAUCAAUCUUGGUUCUGGGAGGGCUCACUCACUAAAGAAAAGUUCAAUCUUUGGUACUCAAUCAAAAACACAUCUAACACACCUACCUCUCUAUGGCAGGAACAGUCACCUGGAAGUGAUCUCAUCUUUUUAAGCUGAAUUUUUUCAAGGAGGUGGUUCCCCUGUUUUGUCUGGGUCAUAGUCCCCUAAAUGGAUGGCUCUGGCCCCUUACAAACACAGCAUUAGUUGUGCAAGUGAUGGUGACCAGUUUCCGCCCCCCCACGCCCGACACCGAAAAAAAGGAAUCCACCAAGCCCUACUUUCUCUGCUAAACUCAGUACAGCUUUCCAAGGAUGCAUGGGACAAAAUUGCACUUGCAGAAAAUCUUGCCUGAGAAUGAAUCCUCCUUUUCCUUGGUCUGACUCUGGGUUUGUAGUGGUGGCGAACAUCUCUUGUAACAAAUAUUGAUCUGACAUGAUGGAAUAGGUAUUGUGAGCAGAUAUAUUUGGCUGUAGUCAAGUUAGGCUGAUUUCAUUUGCCAAGCACGGUCACCUCUCUGAAUCAAGUUGGAGGGGUUGAGUCAACUCCAAACUGACCAGAGUCCUUCUUAGACCAGGAUAUUCUCUCAGACAACUGAGGAAGUAAAGUAACAAGCCAGUUAGAUUGUCACGAUUAGCUACUACCCAGGACAAUCACUUCCUGAGUUUGGAUUUAGCUACCAUUCAGUCAGGACAAAAUGUACCUUGGCAUGUCAGGAAAGUGGGGAGAGAGUGAUAAUGAAAAAUAGCCACUUCUUUGUAGUUCUUUCUGAUCAUUUCAAGUAGGCCCACUCACAGUCCAGAAAAUAAUAGCAAAUGAAAAAAUAAAAAGUGUUCCUACCCUCCAAGUACUUGCUGAAACUCCACAGAAAGUAACGUCAUUGACCACGAACGUGUUUAAUCAGCAUGCUGCUCUACAUCACUCCUUUGCAGAAUGCUGCCUCUCUUUGAAGUUAGAAUUUGCCAAACCCAAAAUCUGACCAUGGUAUUAGGAUAAAAAACAAACAAAAAACGUGUGGAAAAUUUACUUCGAUUCUCAUUUCAGACACCGUUUUUCAAUCCAAGCAGUUGUUUUUCUGAAUCAAAAGAAAAGAUAAGCUCAAUUUGCCUUAAGGAACUAGGAAGGCCUCUCUGUAAUUGGAGCCUGAUUGAAGUGAACCGAAACAUUGUUUAGUUGUAUUUGUUGCUUUAGAGCUUUGGUUAUAUUGUGCCUACAGAGCAUAUUAUGUUUACAGAAAGAAAAAAAAAAUAAAAUAUUAAGCAUAGCAUUA